GUCUUUUCAGAAUUUGACACAACUCCAGAAUCCGUCAUUUAUCGAAAAAACAAACGAUUGUAUCGACUAUGUUCGUGAAAAACUGCCACCAUUGAAAAAUAAUGCGGCUGCGGUUGAUAUAGCAUGUUGGAAAGAAAGUUCACAAGUAAAUGAAUACUACCGUGUGCUUUUCGAACAAAAGAUAAAGGUGUAUGGUGUAUUGGGUAUCAGUAAUUGCACAAACAGCAUGUUGACAAUUCAACAUAUGGAAGAUGUAAAAUAUCUAAGAAUUGAAAGGGUCACUGUUACAGCAGUGAAUGUUCUUCUUAGUUACUAA